AAGGUUUUAAAAUACUUUUCGUCGAAGUGUUUGAAGGUUUUCGAGAGACAUUCUUUCUCUAAUAUUUUACUAACAGCCCGAUAUGCAACUUGGUGCUUUAAUAACUUUGAGAUUAGCAUAAUGGCCAAUGGCGGUGUUUUUGAAUUUUAACUCGGCAUUUAAGACAUGUGAGAAACAUUAUCUCAAAAAAUUUGCGCUGAAAGAGGGUACGUACAACUGUUAAAAUAGCUUUUCAAUCGCGAAAAUAAUAUCAUCAUGCAUAUCCCAUGUGGUCUAGUGGCUAAAAUCCGGCGCUCUCCCCACCGUGGCCGGGGUUCGAUUACGCGCACGAUAGUGUACGAUUUUACAACAUUUCUUAUUGUCGAAUUUUGCAUUUGCCACUUUAUAAUAAUGUGGUAGUGUUAACUAAUUGAUGGAUUUGGUGCAACUAACAGAAAAUGAACAAUGCAGAAACUCAGCAUUUCCGCUGUCUUUUUCCAUGUGUUUAACAAACAUGUACAAAUUUUCAAUUGCAUAAUAAAAGUUGAGGAAGGUCUUAAAAUACUUUUCGUCGAAGUGUUUGAAGGUUUUCGAAAGACAUUCUUUCUCCAAUGUUUUACUAACAGCCCGAUAUAUAACUUGGUGCUUUAAUAACUUUGAGAUCAGCAUAUUGGCCAAUGGCGGUGUUUCUGACAUUUUACUCGGCAUUUAAGAGAUGUGAGAAACAUUAUCUCAAAAAAACUUGCGCUGAAAGAAUGUACGUACAACUGUUAAAAUAGCAUUUCAAUCGGCAAAAUAAGUUCAUCAUGCAUAUCCCGUGUGGUCUAGUGGUGAGGAUCCGGCCUUCUCACUGCCGUGGCUGGGGUUCGAUUCCACGCACGGGAGAUUUCGAUUGUACAACAUUUCCUAUUGUCGAAUUUUGCAUUUGACACUUUAUAACAAUGUGGUAGUGUUAACUAAUUGAUGGAUUUGGUCCAUCUAACAGAAAAUGAACAAUGCAGAAACUCAGCAUUUCCACUGGCUUUUUCCAUGUGUUAAACAAACAUGUACAAAUUUUCAAUUGCAAAGUAAAAGUUGAGGAAGGUUUAGAAAAUACUUGCGUCGAAGUGUUUGAAGGUUUUUGCAAAACUUUCUUGUUGCCACAUCUGUGUAAAUGCAAUAUAUCUAUCAAAAAAAAAGAAAACAUUUUCAAAUUUCCAUGGCAACAGUUUACAAGAUUGAACUGUAAAAGUUUUUCUGAAAACAUAAAAAUGGAAAUACAAGUUUUAUUGGCAACUAUUUCACUUCUUCUUGAAGAUGACAAUGUGGGAUACACAAAAGGUAAGAAAAAAAGUGGAAAUAAACGCAAGUGGAUAAGACCGUGGAUGCAACGAAGAAAUAAAGAGGGAGCAUGUCAUAAAAUUUUCCAGUAACUAAUGUGGGAAGAUUCUAAAGGUUUCCGAGAAUACAUAAGAAUUGAUGAAGCUUAAUAUGAUGAAUUUGUUAAACGUUUACGACCUUAUUUAACAAAGAAAGACACAAUAAUGCGUAAUGUAUUAAACCUGAAUAAAUGUGUUGCUUGACGCUCAGGUAUCUUGCCAGUGGCGAGUCAUAUGGAUUCCUGGAAUAUCAAUUUAGAAUAAGCAGAAAAACAAUUUCCUACAUUAUUGCUGAGGUUUGUCUUGCUACAUUAAAAUCGUUUGGAAAAGAAUAUCUUCACACUCCUAAUACCGUAGAACAAUGGCAAGCCAUAAGUAAGAAAUUCCAAUAUUCGAUGGGAUUUUUCGAACGGAAUGAGUGACGUAGAUGAUAAGCAUGUGGUUUUUGAACAGCCUAAGAAUUCUGGUUCCCAUUACCGUAAUUACAAAGGUACGGAUAGCGUAAUGGGUAUGGUUGGUCCGGUCCCAUAACUCUGUUUUAGCAGAUUGCUCUUCCUCCUUGUUUGUAAUUUUCUUUCUUUUACUUGCCGGUGCCAAAUAAUAUUCCUCUGUGUCUAACGAUGAAUAUGAGUCAUCAACAGCACAUGUUAUUUCGACAAAUGUCAUGCUUCCAAAAUGUUUCCAUGAAAACACAAACAAAUCACGUGAACCUAAGUCAGAGCUUUCGGAAGCUUCUUGACGCUGACGCUCCCUUUUAAAAAUAGUCAAAAGGUUGUGCCACUCUUUUUUAAUUUCGUCAGUCGUACAUAUUUUUUACAUUCUUCAAUUAACUUAUUUAAUAUUGCUUGUCUUAAGCCGCGGUUUCGAUAUUCUUGCAUUCUAUGAUCCAACAGCGGUGGAUUGUUUUUGUAGAAAUUAAUUAACCUAUCUCUUUCCUCGUCUGUAAACACUGUGGUUUUUAUUUUUUCUUCUUCAAGAAAAAAAAGCAUUUGAUCAUAGAGCUUCCAUUUCUUCAAACAAUUCUUGUACUUCCUUGAUGCUCAAUUACAUCAACUGUGUACUUUCCAUCGAAUAACUUCAUUAAAUUCCCCUUUGCAUCUCUUUUUCGUUGCUUACUAUUAGCUUGAAAUCCUUUAUUAUCUUCGUAAAAUUUAAUAAGAUUAUUUUUUUCUUCGUCAGAAAGACGUACAUUGGUCUGAUUCUCUUGAUUUUCAGUUAUCUCGUCUUGUCUUUCCUCCGCCAUUUUGACCUUUGAUUAUUCAGCAAAUUACUGCAUUGUGAUUGGUCACGCGUAAAAGUGUUGCAUCAGAAUUUUUGCAGCAAGUGGCGAGACGGAGAAUAUUCAUAAGUGUAACGUUUUCUUUGCUGCUGGUAACGUUUUUUUAUUAAACACAACAUUUUUUCGUUGCCAGUAACAAGAUACAAAAUCAAAUCGAUUUGAUUUUGUAUCUUGUUACUGGCAAUAAAAUUAAUGUUGCGAGUAACAAAAAAUAUUGUGAGCAACAAAAAGUUUCUCUGGCGACACAAGUUAACAUUUUUAGGCGAUAGUAAUUAACAUGAAUAUGUUAUUAUCGCCCGAAAAUAUUCUCUCGUGUCCCCGUGGCUUUACCUUUGGAAGAAGUAUUAAUGCUGAAUAAAUUUUUGUGAAUAUUACCACAAAUAUUUAUGUACCAGCAUUAAUUUAUCCUCUUAUGGCAUGUGACAUAAAUUACUUUACUUCUAUUUGGAGUUUCUAAUUUUAAUAUUUCUAGUUUAUUUUCUGCGUUUUUUUCUUCACCAUUUGGGCUAAACAUUUUUUUGUAUUUUAGUCAAAUUUUCUUUAGAGAACAGAAUGUCAAGAUAAUAUGGUCCCUUUGUUUUCCCAAACAAAUUGUAGACCUUAACAGACAUUUAAACCAAAAUGAUUCAUAGAAAGUCAAUCUUUUAAGGUAGAAACCAGCAAUUGAAAGUAAGAAAAAGUGAUAGCACUUCUAACGAGAAAUUUAUAUUUGACCUUGUAAUUUAUAAAAAUAAGGUGAAUUUCGCUUUUCUUGCAGCAUUCAGUUGUUGCAAUUCCAAGUGAGAAUAAUUCUCACUAUCAGGUGUGUUUCCAAUUGCGGAUACUGGACAUUGUAUUUUAACUAAGCCUUUUCUGUGGCAACAACAAUUCACGGCUAGCUCAGUGUGGCAGAAAUUAUAUUGAUGCCAAGAUGAAUUUUCAUUCCAGGAUUUUUUUAUUUUAAAAUUGUCAUUUUGUUUCACAUGAAUUUCAUUACUGAUACUUUGUUUCAUUCUCCAGAUCUGUACAUUAGGUUGAUCUAAGAGGGAAAAAAACAGAAGGUAAAACAACUCUUUAGAUUCUAUUGAAACACAGCGCCAGGUUCUGGCAGGUGUCUGUAUAGAAACUUAAUUUUAAACUUUGUGAAUAAAUUAUUCGUAAAUUGAAAUCUGCAAAUACGAUUGGUUUUGUAAUGUAAACAAUUACAUUAUUCUUUAAUUUGUUAAUUCCUUAAUCAAAAGUUUCUUAUUAAAGUAAUUGCUUUAAAAAUAUAUAUAUAUAUACCAUAAAAAGUAUUUGAAACGAGCUACUUACUUCUUUUAAACCUUUUGUGUGAGUGAGAGGUAUGGAAUGCCUGCUAGAGAAAGGUAGGAAUGCCUGCUAUAGAGAAGUAUGGAAUGCCUGCUGGAGAAAGGUAGGAAUGCCUGCUAUAGAGAGGUAUGGAAUGUCUGCUAUAUAGAGUUAUAGUUGCCUGUUAUAAAGAGGUAUGGAAUGCCUGCUAUAAGAGGUAUGAAAUGUCUGCUAUAGAGAAGUGUGGAAUGUCUCAAGAAAACGUGAACACGAACAUUUUUAUGGUAUGGACACCAUUUACGUAUGCAAAUUCUGGUUCAUGAAGCAUGCCACGCGGACAAAACACAUGCCAUGUGACGAGAAACGCUGAUAUUGUCAUUGCUGACAAGAUAAACCUGAUGAAACAGCUAACGUGACAAGGGUCAUAUAACAGAAGCAUAUAAGAAGAAGAAAAAAAAUGCCACACGUGACUCUAAUCUUUUACAACAUUUUGUGACACGUGACUGCAAUCUUUUACAACAUUUUGUACAUAAAUGCAUGCAAACCUCCCGGGUACAAACAGAAAAGUUUUGAACGCGCAAUAAGAAACAUGUUGAGAAAACAACAAAGAAAAUACAAGUCACCAGUGGUGAAACGAAAGAAAUUGAGACUAUCUCAUAGUGCGACUCAUAGUGCGACACAUGUGGGUGAAAAGUUAACACCAACAUUUCGACCACAUAAAGAACCACUGUCCUCUUUAAGCUCUUGGUUUCUGGGACCAAAGGCGGAAAACAGAGAUAUACUGAAUCGGUUAGCCUCACAUGUGUUACAUCGACAUGCUGAAAGCCGUGAUGCUUAUUUCCCGACCGAUCCAGCCUUCGUGGAUGAAGAAAUGAAAUCUUCUGCCGGUUUUAAAGCAGGCGUAGAAAAACUUGUCUAAAGAAUUGAUAGAUUCCGUCCCAACAUUCAGUAGUCGAUACAGGGUAAGUUUCGUGCCUAUUGAAGUAAACUAUAUACGGCCCUGGAUCCGGCAUUGCCGUUUCAAAUUUUGUUUAGACGCAAAGAAAAACUGCAGAAGAUCUUUCGCUAAGGUGCAUGCAACACAAAGUUGCAUUUUCUCAAAAACAUUGCGAACUUUUAAGUUAUUGUUGUUGUUAUUGUGCAUGCAAGUUAAUUUUCAAUUACUUUUUUAUUAAUUUGGCGUUUAGGGGCACAUGCUGUGGGAAUAUACACUACCGUCAAUCUUAGGUUACCUGACUGGUAUGCUAUGCAAUCCAAACAAUGUUGAUACUUCCAUUUCAGCUGUAACGACUCUUUAUGAAAUUGAAGUUGGUCAACAAUUGUGUGAAAUGGUCAACUUUCAGCAUAAUGACGGUAUUACACCUUGGGCACACCUUACAGGCUGUGGUACUAUUUCAAAUAUAGAAGCUAUGUGGGCAGCACGAAAUUUGAAAUUUCAUCCAAUAGCUGUUCAAGCGGCUGUAACAAGUCUACAUGCUGGAUCAUUAGCCCGAGGUACAACCACACCUGUUUAUAUCGCGGAGUUGCACAAAACUAUUCCACUAAAAGACUGCACGCAAUGGCAACUGCUGAAUCUUGAUGUAGACGUUGUUUGCGACUUGACAGAAUCUGUACGCACACAUGCUGGAUUAUCAGAUAACAUUUUGUUGUUUGAAAAGAUCAAGGUAUCCAUCUUUAUAGCAUAGAUCUGUGGAGUAAAGUAAUGUUUCUGAUGUAUAUCUUGCGUUUGAAUUUGUCGAAACAAUGUGACAUUGUGCCUUGCAUUUGUGCAGUGUUGUGAAACAAUGGCCUACAUCUUCGUAAAUUGUAAUUAUUGUUUCUGUAUCUGUUCCCAUCUAUCUGUAUCUGCUUUACUUCCGCGACAUAUAAGUCGUACAACAUAUGUUUAGGAUGAAUCUGUUGUAGCCAUUGGAAUAGGAGGAUUUAUGUUAAGACAUAACAUAAGAAAUAGUCCUCUUAUUAUUUCCCCCGGAACUAACCAUUACUCUUGGCCAAAAGGAGCGACUCUUCUUGGUAUUGGACAAAGCAACGUUAUUGCAGUGCAUGUCGAUAAGGAUGCUCGCCAGAAUGUUGCAGAGUUGAAGAAUAUAUUGGAGCAGUGUUUGCAAACAAAGACGUCAGUAUUUAUGGUGGUAGUUGUAAUGGGCUCAACAGAAGAGGGUGCUGUUGUUCCACUAUGUCAAAUUUUAACUCUUAGAGAAGAAUACAGAGAAAGGGGUUUAAAUUUUAUGAUUCAUGCUGAUGCUGCUUGGGGUGGGUACCUUCUAACCAUGCUAAGCCCUUCGAAUAAAUCGAAUAUUUAUACAGAAGAAAAGAGAGGGGAUUUUGUUCCACAUAUUCCAUUGUCUACCCAUGUGGAAGCACAGUUUCAUGUACUGAAAUAUGUUGACACAGUGACCAUUGACCCUCACAAAUCAGGAUUGUGCUUGUACCCAGCUGGUUCACUCUGUUAUCGUAACAGAAAAAUGAGAGAAUUCGUCAGCAUGAAAGCAUCUGAAGUUUAUCAUGGGGAGGAUGAUAAAAAUGUUGCUGUUUUUGGCAUUGAAGGGUCAAAACCUGGUGCUUCUGCUGCUAGUGUAGCUUUGUCACAUAAGGUUAUAGGAUUAAAUGACAAGGGAUAUGGAAGAAUUUUAGGCCAAUGUCAAUUCAGUGCCAAAUUGUUUUAUUGUCUAUGGAUGACAGUUGCAAAAGAUUAUGACGAAUGGCAUUGUUUGAAUUUUGUUGACAUGCCUUCGUGUAUUGGAAAAACGGUAGAGGAACAGAAAGGAUUCAUACGAAGAAGAAUUUUAGGACGGCAAAACACUGAACUAAUUCAGGACAGGGAGGCAAUGGAGUUUCUUUCAACGAUUGGUCCUGAUGCUUUGAUCAAUACCUUUGCUGUAAACAUGAAAUCCAACACGGAUAUUUUAAUUUGUAAUGAAAUUCAACAACUAUUAUUUGAUGAAACCAAUGGUAAGCGUCGCGCUUUGCAAAUCUGUUUAAAAUCUUUGUAAUAUCAAGAU